AAAUCUCGAAACGCAAGCUUUGGAAAAUGGCCCUCUCACACGUAGUUUUGUUGUGCCUUUGUCUCUGCCUCUCGGCCUCUGCCUCCUCUUCCCCGUUGGAACGAAAUGACCCCGAGAUCAUGGCGCGGCAAGAGGCCGACCGUGUCACCGCCCUCCCCACCCAGCCCCCCGCGAGCUUCCGCCACUACUCCGGCUACAUCUCGGUGGACGAUUUCCUCGGGAAGGCUCUCUUCUACUGGUUCUUCGAGGCGACGAGCCAACCCGCUGCGAAACCUCUCCUCUUGUGGCUCAAUGGAGGCCCAGGAUGCAGCUCGGUCGGGUACGGCGAGGCCCAAGAACUCGGCCCGUUUCUCGUGAAAGAAGGGCCCGGCGGCCCGACCCUAAGAUUCAACAACUAUACUUGGAACAAAGUAAUCGCAGCCACGAAUCUGUUGUUCCUCGACUCGCCGGUCGGUGUCGGGUUUUCUUACUCCAACGCCACCGUGGAAUACGGCGACAACAGUACAGCAAGAGAUGCCCACACAUUUCUACUGAAUUGGUUCAAAAGGUUCCCGCAGUACAGAUCAAGCGAGUUCUAUAUGGCAGGAGAGAGCUAUGCAGGGCACUAUGUACCACAACUUGCUGAGGUUAUUUACGAUGAGAACCAAAAAUCAAUUGAAGACACUUUCAUAAACCUUAAAGGCGUCAUCGUGGGAAACCCGUCUAUGGAUGACGAGAAGGAUAUGAAGGGGAGGAUCGAUUAUGCGUGGGGACACGCCCUGAUUUCGGACGAUCUCUAUAUUUCAAUCAAGGCCAAAUGCGACUUCAGUAACGAAAAUGUGACCAAUGAUUGUUUUAAUGCAUUACUCGAGUAUUACAAAUUGUACAAGAUAAUCAACAUGUACAGUUUGUACUCCCCGACUUGUCCGCCCGAUCGACCCUUCGCAAAUCAUCUCUUAAACACGCGAGCCAAAGUGGGCACACGUAAUUAUCAUUUGCUACUCUUACGUGUGAUACUAGCGGGCUACGAUCCAUGCCUGGCAAACCACGCCACGGCUUACUUUAACCUUCCCGACGUGCAGCGCGCCUUGCACGCAAACGUCACCCUAAUCCCUCGACCGUGGAGCCUCUGCAGCUGGGAUGUGAACCUUUCUUGGAAUGACACGCCCUCUUCAGUCCUUCCGGUACUGAAGAAACUCAUCGGUGGGGGUAUCCGCUUAUGGGUCUUCAGCGGAGACACGGACGGGAGUGUCCCGGUGACGUCGACUCGGUACGCGCUGAACAAGCUCGGCCUCAACAUCACGGAGAAUUGGAGGGCGUGGUACAAGGGCAGGGAGGUUGGAGGUUGGACGAUGACGUACGAGGGGUUGACUUUCGUGACGGUGAGGGGAGCAGGGCAUCAAGUUCCCACUUUUGCCCCUAAGCGUUCUCUUCAGAUCAUCCGCCACUUCCUAGCCAACUCCAAGCUCCCAUCCAUGCCCUUUUGAUUUCGACUUCUGUUUUUUUUUUUUUUGAACUUUGUGUGCCGUGUGUGCUGAAGGAGACAAUGCGUCAGUGAUUUGUGGCUGUUCACGACGCUUAUGAUAUAAAUAAAAAUCCCUUCUUAUCUCGUCUAUUCGAACAAGAAGAAAA